AAACAUCAGCAUGACAGCAUGAACAGACUUAAAAAGGCGCCGUGACAGCAAGAGGUCAGUGGUUUGGACGAUCGGUGACCACGAUGGUUCAGCUGACACUUCUUCUCCUUGUGCUGUUCGCUGGUGUCACAGUGAGCUCAGUGGUGGAUCUGCAGAAGAGAAUUAUUCAUGGUCAACAAUGUGCACCAGAUGAGCGGCACUACCACGUCAAACUGAGAGCUUAUCUUCCGAAUGGACGUUAUUCCUUCUGUGGUGGCUCACUGAUCAGUGACAGAUGGAUUCUGACGGCAGCUCACUGUUGGGAAACUGGACGGACGAUGUAUGCAAUUUUAGGUGAACAUCAAGGACUAAGACGACAACCAGUGCAGAUCACCGAGAGAGUGAUUUUUACCGACAGAGUCACAACCGUCAGGACCCACGACAUCAUGUUGCUGAAACUACCACAAGAGGAAACUCAAAUUCAGCCCGUCGCUCUUCCUCCGUGCAGUAAUCGCUACCAAGGAUCACAACCACAACAAGGUCAGACUGUUCAGAUGGCAGGUCACGCAUCCACUUAUCAUUUUCCGAACAAUACAAGACGUGUACGUGAAUCUCCGACUCUGCAAUGUGUAGACAUCAAUGUUGUUAACUGUCCAAACUUCAGUCCAAUUCAGAUUCCGUUCGCACCUUUCACGCUCUACCGAUAUGUCUUCUGUGGUCAGUUUCCUCGAGGAACUCAUCAAGGGGACGCGUGUCUUGGUGACUCGGGUGGAGGAGUCAUUUUCAACAAUAUGAUUUAUGGCGUCAUUUCUUCAGUUGGUAUACCUGCUUGUACUUACCCAGUGGAGUUCAUGAAUGUCUGCCAUCCAGCUUACUUUCGGUGGAUCCAAAACACAAUCAGACCAAGACGAUCGUGUCUAAACUGUUUCAACGGUUAAAACAUUUUUGAAAUAAAGAAUAUGUGAGAUU